CUUUAUUUAGGUUUCCCAUGCUACCGCUGGUCACCGGAGAUUAUAAAUAGGGUCACAGGCACAGGAGGAACCGCGGGAGUAUGGCGUCGGACGAACUUCGUUCGUGCCCUCUCUGUCGGUGCAAGGUGAGCUGCUGUGGGAUGGCCCCCGCGGGAGCGUCGUGCGAGGGGCCGCCGGGGUUCACCCUGUGAGGUCCUGCGUAGCGACGGCGGGGUCGUCCCGUGAUGAUGACGACCAUGGUGAUCGGCGGGUCAAUGGUGACGCCAAGUGCGGUGGAGACGCUACAAAAGCAGGAUGGAAAGGUGCUGAGUGUCAAGAAGCAGAUGCACUUCUUCGAUGGCGCACGUGCUCACGAGGUGAGAAGCCGGUGGUUCUACCCGAAGAAUGGUUUUGUGAACCGGAGGGCGGAGCUCCCCGAACGGCGCGUCUCCUUGGCGCAAGCAGACCUGUCGACCUGUCCCGUCAGCCAGGCAGAGCUUGCAAGCCGCAAAAGCGUGACUUGGCUGUGGUAUCCUGCGAAAUGAUCUGUUUGGGCAGUGACAGCUGUACCCUCCAAAAGCUGUAGCCUCUGGCGGUGGUUAGCCACAAGAGCUCCACGGUGGUGAAACUCCAUCGGCGCCUCAAAGCAGCUGCGGGCUGCUCCGGGGCGAGCGCGCUGGCUACGGCCUGCAUGCCGGAAAAAGCAUGCGGAAAAAAGGUUGGAUGAUGCUGUGUGACAUUUGCAGUGACAAGGCUGUUUUAGGGAAGCUAAGUGGACAGCGC